AUGGGCGCCCUUCGCAACAUCGUCAUCGCGGUUCUCGCCAUAUCCUUUCUGACAUUUGUGGCUCUAUUUGGACGCCUGCCUGCUCUGAGGAAGACACCCAUCGGCUGGCUCCAACGGCUAUUAUGCCUGCACAUACCCAGUGGGUUGAGGAGUGCCGAUCGGAGCCUGACCGGAGGACGAGUCACAAGGAAGAGCAAGCGACUUGGGCAAUAUCUGUUCUACGAGAAGAAUCCGAUUGUCCUGAUCAUAUUUCUUUUCAUCCUCACUGGAAGCGCUUUUCUUUUCUUGUACAACACGACACAUCUCUUGACGAGAAGCCAACUUCUACCGGUCCCAGUCCUGGUUGGCAUGCCAUACAUCUUCACAUACCUCUCGGUCACCGGCCGAGCUCACUACAUCAGCAAAGCAAAUCUCAACGCCCGCAUGCUCGACUAUCCAUAUGACAACGCUCUGUUCCGACCGAACAACCACUGUCCGACUUGCGACAUUGUUAAGCCAGCACGAUCCAAACACUGCAGUCUCUGCGGUACCUGCGUGGCCAAGUGUGAUCAUCACUGUCCUUGGGUCAACAACUGUCUGGGCCGUGGGAACUACCGCUACUUUCUUGCACUGCUGCUGUCACUCGGCAUGGUCCAAAUCUACGGCGCUCAUCUCAGCUGGCAGCUGGUGAAGAAGUACGUCGUCAUCGACCCAUCGAACCCGCUGUUCUCUCGCGCUCGGAUGACCAAUCUAGGCCAUGCGUUCGUGAUCGCCGUCAAUCGCGGCGGUAUAUCCGUGUCUGGAGUGGGGCUCCUCGCUGCUUCUACCGCAUCACUGCCUCUUGGUCUGCUCGCCUACCACUUGUAUCUGAUCUGGGCUGGCAUGACAACAAACGAGUCUCAGAAAUGGUCCGACUGGAAGGAGGACAUAAGCGAUGGCUGUGUCUUCAAGACGCGACUCGCUGAUCUUAGGAGGCACUACCAGCUGAAGAAUGAUGGCAAGUACAAUCCUGCUAUGACGGACUUCGAGAGCGCCUCCGACAGGAAUAUUUGGUGGCCGGUCAAUAGUGACCAGGUGCUGGUGCGGACUGAUGAUGGAAGGCCACCCAUAGGACAGGAUAUGCUUUGGACGCGGAUCUGGAGUCUGGACGAGGUCGACAAUAUCUACGAUCUUGGUGGCUGGCAGAAUUUUGUAGAGGUGUUCAGAGGCAACUGA